UCACUAUUGGGGAUGCCGGCAUUUUCACUUAUAACACCAAACACUGAUCCGCUCUGUGGCUGCAGACCCUCAGGGGUAUCGCUCAGCUCUGUGCGCUCUGUGAGCGACUGCAAAGCACCGCCAGCCCUAAACACAUCAGAUCGCCGCUUGUCUCGCUCAUUAAGCUCCUUAUUAUUAUCAUCCAAACCGCCUUUUCGCUUCUGCGACCCAAACAGAAUCCCCCCUCCCCGCCUCCGUUUUAGCAGCAAACAUCCACAAUGGGGGCAACUGAUCCAGCGCGGGAGUUAAAUAUAACCGUGCCUAGUGUAAGGAGAAGAGUGAAUGGGAAAUGGUUGGCAUUCCUUCUUCCUGAAGGCACGGCGAGAGAGGGAGCGGGCGAGAGCCGUGCACACACGCAGCCACACAGCAGCACAGACGAAGAGGAAGAGGCAGCGAGCAGGAGGCAGAGCACAGCCCGCAGCUCGGCUGGCAGCAUGACAGCCCUCGGCAUGGCCACCUGGGCACUGUACCUGCAGCUCCUCUCCUGCUGGGCUUUCUCUCACAGCCCCUACGCUGACAACGCCUUCUCGCUAUGGGCAGAUCUCCCUUGUUUGGAACAGAAGAAGCAGCCUACCCGCAGAGCGUGCUGCCUCCUCAUCCCGCCUCCGCCGCCCAUGUUCCCACCACCGCACUUCAGGCACGACUGGAGCUUUAGGCUGCUUGAUCUGCACAUGAAGGAAUUGUGUCAAGAGCUCCAGACAACGCAGGCCUUCUCUCUGCCUGACUCACAUUGCCCUGCAGGGCCUCCUGGUCCCCAGGGUCCACAAGGAAUUCCUGGUAUAAUGGGACCAAAAGGGGAGAAAGGGGAGAUUGGCAGGCCAGGAAGAAAGGGUAGACCAGGUCCCCCGGGUGUCCCUGGGAUGCCAGGACCAAUAGGAUGGCCCGGACCUGUGGGGCUGAAGGGUGAAAAGGGAGAUUUGGGUGUGAUGGGAUUGCCAGGUACCAGAGGACCAAUGGGCUCCAAGGGUUUUCCAGGAACUAGAGGAGAAAAGGGUUCCAGAGGGGACAGGGGUGACAAAGGAGUCAAAGGAGACCAGGGAGAAACAGGCUCCCCAGGAAUGCUGGGACAGAAAGGAGAGAUGGGCCCGAAGGGACAGUCUGGAGCACCAGGACACAGAGGACCUAUAGGAAGACCUGGAAAACGAGGCAAACAAGGGCAAAAGGGAGACAUCGGACCUGUGGGUAUCAUGGGCCCACCUGGCAGGCCUGGUCCUUCUGGCCAGCCAGGCCCCCCUGGACCUUCAGGAUUAGGGCAAUUUGCAAUAGGACCAAAAGGGGAAAGAGGCCUUCCAGGACCUCCAGGAAGAUGUCACUGCAGACCCCCACAGCAUGUGAAUAAUCCACCAUAUGAGGAAUCUGUGUUUGGACACAGGUACCCAAAAGUCCCUGCGAUUUUUGUGGUGAAUAAUCAAGAAGAAUUGGACCGGUUACACACUGAAAAUGCCUUAGCUUUUAGAAGAGACCAGAGAUCUUUGUAUUUCAAGGAUACCUUUGGAUGGCUCCCAGUCCAGCUCACCCCUUUCUACCCUGUGGAUUACCGUAUUGAGGUUGGCAGUACCUGUGGAGAUGGAAUUGUUCAGGAUGGGGAAGAGUGUGACGAUGGCAACACGGUUGUGACAGAUGACUGCAUAAGAUGCCGCCGUGCUUACUGUGGAGAUGGCUACAAACAUGAAGGGGUGGAAGACUGUGAUGGGAAGGAUUUUGGAUAUUUGACGUGUAAAACAUAUCUCCCUGGGUCUUACGGAAAACUGCGAUGCACUUCUUACUGCUACAUUGACUCUACACAGUGCCGAUACUUCACAUGAGGGGAGCAGAGAAGGGCAGCAUCCCACACAUCACGGGGUGCGAGGUGCUAUGCUGUUGUCUACCCAGGAAGGUCUGGGAUUUAAAAAAAAAUAAGAAAAGAAAAAAGAAAAAAAGAAAGAAAAAAAAAAGAAGAAAAAAGAAAAAAGCCAUCUCUGUGUGAACACAAACAGACUUUGUGCUGCUGAUGGCCGCUUUGAGACAUUUGUCUUUUUUUUUUGUAAUUAAUUAAGCCAGAUUAUGAAAUAAAUAGGACCACUGUAUGCUGUCUUAAUAGAGAAACUCCAGCAGCGUUUGCCAGUAAGACUCGUGGGGCUGUGUGUGGGGACUUACUCUGUCACAAAUGCUACAGGAAACUGAAUGCCACUAACCAGGAAUAUCGUGUAACAAGACAACAUUACCUCGGCUUAGCACUGUUCAGCCUAAAUUAAGUUCUUCAGGAUUUUGUUUUUCAGCCUUCUCAGCAUAAACACAAAGCAUAUCUUGGACACAGUGUUUAUGGAGACUUUCUCUUUUACUAUGAUGUGAACUUCCUUCGUGUUGUAUCCAGGAGGGUGUGAUGAUGACUUCAGCGGCACUGUGGUUAGCUGCACACCUUGGUGGUUUGGAGGAGCAGGGGCCUUCCAGUAAAUGCUUUAAAAAUCAGCAGAUGAGGCAGAAACCCUCCAGGAAAAUAGUUGGGCUGCGUCUGUCUGCACCAUCCACAGAAAUGUGGGCUGUCACACCAAACCUCAGCUGGAGGCCACAAAGGCCAAAGGGGGCAACCAAAUGGUGAUGCAGCCAAGGUGCUUGAAGUAGGACAUCAGGCUGGGAGUGAAGACACAGGAUGAGCUGAUUUCAUUUUUCACCUUCACCAAGCCAGCUGCAUUCUGUGUGAUCCCAAUAGGACUGGGGAAGUGCUAGGUCAGCAAGGCUGCCCACCUGGAACCUCAAUGCAACCUGGCCUGCACUCUGGUCUCAGUGCUGAAAGGCCUUGUUCUUCUCUCAUGAUCCACUCAAACUCCAUCCUUCCAUGAUGGCCGUACCCAUCCCAUGUACUGUCCCCUCUGGACUGCUCUCCUCUCCUGUCGUUGUGUCUGGAGCACCCUGCAAUGUGCCUCCUUACUUUUGUAUCCCUGUGACACACAAACCCUGGCCUAGCGUGCUUGUGGGUGCUCAUUCACGCUGUAUGAUGUACAUAUAUCUCUGUUUUUUCAGGACAUUUGGUCAACUCUGCUAGCUCUGAUAGGAGUCAGGGUAAUUAUCUACUUAUUAAUUAGCAUGCACUUAAGAACAAAUUUCAUAUGGGAAGCAUAUUAAAUACUGUAUGUGCAGAGGAGUUCGUAACAGAAAAAAAUGGUACAAAGAUGUGUGGAAUUUAGGACUAAGAGCCUCAAACCAAGGUGUGAUUUUCAUACAGGCCACUCUUUGCUGCUUUGCUGUAAAUGCUAUACUUUAAUGUUUGAAGUGUAUGAGUUGCUUGUCACAACGGGAGCACCACAGCAGCUGCACUUAUAUGGUUACUUCUUAAAGGUUGAAUAAAGGUGAGUAUUGUGUUAUAAUGAUAGUGCAUUAAAGCAACCAAGAAUACAUACAACUUCUACCACAUGUAUAGGACACUUUAGCUCUGCAUGUCCGAACCGAUACUGGAAAUCAAUUAAAAGCAAAAUAAAAUUAAUGUACUUUAUGGCUAUUGCUUACCUGGGCAGCUUAUGCUGUGAAGCUCAACCACCAACAGCUGUAGCCUAUUUCAAAACCUGUCUUCUUAUUGCCUUUUUUUUCUUUCUUUCUUUUUUUUCUUUUGUUUUUUUUAAAUUUAAUCAGAGGUCUUAAUAAAAGGUCAAAGAACCAAAGGGGCAAGGAACUUCUUGCCAUAAGCUCUGGAAAUCUAUGCACUAGGAUAGCUGCCUUGUAGUGUCCCACACUGGUGCAAAGGAAUGGGUUUCAGCUGGUGGGAUCCAGCACUUUCUCCAAGGAGCCCAUCUUCACUUGCAGCCCCCCAGAAGGCCUUGAAAAAAAAUUGGAAGUCCCAGUGGCCUUUCAUUUUCAGCUUUAAGUCGUGUUGUUUUUAAAAGUUCCUACCUCCAAAGGACAUUUGAAAGCCAAAGUGCACCAAGGGCAGGAAAGGAAAAACAAGUCGUGAUCUCACAUGUCAUAUUGUAGUGUGCUGCACAUAGAGAAGAAGUGUAGCAUCAGCCUGGUCAGAAAACAAAGUGUGGAUUUUAAAAGGACUGUAUUAAAACAGUACAAAAAAUUCAACAUUUUAACAAAAAGAAAUGCAAGUUGUAAGGGAAAAAUAAAGCAAGCUGUGGAACAAGUUUCUUACUACUGUCUUGCUCCCCUCUGAUGAUAAAGCAUCAUAAAAAACAUCUGAGGAGGUGUUAAGUAUUCAUGUUAUAAGAGACUGCAAAUAAACCUUCCUCUUUAAUUCA